AUGUCCUCCUCAGGAGGCGGCUUCCUUGGCCGCUCGAGCAGCAACAAUUCCAACAUGCGCGGUCUGGUCCAGUUCAUUGCCGAUUUGAGAAAUGCUAGGGCUCGGGAACUGGAAGAGAAGCGCAUCAAUAAGGAGUUGGCCAAUAUCCGUCAAAAGUUCAAAGACGGCAACCUGAGCGGGUAUCACAAGAAGAAAUAUGUUUGCAAGUUGUUGUAUAUCUAUAUACUGGGUUGGAACGUCGACUUCGGGCACCUAGAGGCCGUAAACCUCAUCUCGGCGAACAAGUAUUCCGAGAAGCAGAUCGGCUACCUGGCGAUGACACUCUUCCUCCACGAGAAGCAUGAACUGCUACACCUGGUUGUCAACAGUAUACGGAAGGAUUUGUUGGACAACAAUGAGCUUUACAACUGUCUGGCGCUACAUGCGAUAGCCAACGUGGGAGGCAGGGAGAUGGGCGAGGCGCUCAGUGGAGAAGUACACCGGCUUUUGAUCUCUCCAACCUCAAAGGCUUUUGUCAGGAAAAAGGCAGCUCUUACACUCCUGCGCUUGUACCGCAAACAUCCGGACAUCAUCCAGCCGCAAUGGGCAGAGCGGAUAAUCUCCCUCCUUGACGACGUCGACAUGGGUGUGGCAUUGUCGGUCACAUCGCUGGUGAUGACACUGGCCCAGGACAAUCAGGAUCAGUACAAAGGAGUCUAUGUGAAAGCCGCCGCGAGGCUGAAGCGCAUCGUAGUAGAUGGCGACUUCAAUGCCGAUUACCUCUACUACAAGGUCCCUUGCCCUUGGAUCCAAGUCAAGCUGCUCCGGCUCCUCCAAUACUUCCCUCCGUCAGAUGACAGCCAUACUCGCGACAUGAUUCGCGAAUCGCUUCAAAAAAUCCUGAAUCGGGCCCUCGAAAGCAACAAGAAUGUCCAACAGAACAAUGCCCAGAACGCCGUUCUGUUCGAGGCUAUUAACCUCAUCAUUCACCUCGACACUGAGCAUGCCUUGAUGAAACAGAUAUCGACAAGGCUGGGCAAGUUCAUCCAGUCAAGGGAGACCAAUGUCCGAUACCUUGGCCUCGAGGCCAUGACGCAUCUUGCAGCCCGUGCGGAAACGCUGGAACCCAUCAAGCAGCACCAGGACGUCAUCAUUGGGUCUCUGAAAGACAGGGACAUCAGUGUGCGAAGGAAAGGUCUGGACCUUUUGUACAGCAUGUGCGACUCGACCAAUGCCCAGGCCAUCGUGAGCGAGCUGCUGCGAUAUCUGCAGAACGCGGAUUUUGCCAUCCGAGAGGAGAUGGUGCUCAAGAUUGCUAUUCUUACAGAGAAAUAUGCUACUGACGUCCAGUGGUAUGUCGAUAUCACCCUGCGCCUGAUUGCCAUGGCCGGAGAUCACGUCAGUGAUGAGGUCUGGCAGCGUGUGGUCCAGAUUGUCACGAACAACGAGGAACUCCAAGUCUAUGCUGCGCAAAACACUCUUCAGUAUGUCAAACAGGAUCAUUGCCAUGAAACACUGGUCAAGAUCGGCACAUAUAUCCUGGGUGAAUUCGGUCAUUUGAUUGCGGAAGAAAAAGGCUGCAGUCCCAUCGAGCAGUUCUUGGCACUGCAGGGCAAGUUGGCGGCCUGCUCACCGAGCACCAAGGCCAUGAUUCUGUCCUGUUUCAUCAAAUACGUCAAUCUCUUCCCGGAAAUCAAGCCUCAGCUGGUCCAGGUCUUUGAUGUUUUUAGCCAUGCCCUUGACUCAGAACUUCAACAGCGUGCUUGCGAGUACCUCUCUCUCGCAAGACGUCCCACCGACGAUCUCCUCCGGACUGUGUGUGACGAGAUGCCGCCUUUCCCAGAACGACAAUCUGCUUUACUGUCUCGACUGCACCAGAAGCAUGCAAAUACCAGCGACAAGAGAACAUGGAUUGUCGGGGGCAAGGACGCCAAUGUGGACUCGGCCGAACUUGGCAUGGCCAAGAACCCAGGCCUGAGAAGGACGUUCAGCACAAAUGGUCAGACGAACGGGGCUGGACAUACCAAUGGUGCAAAUGGCGAUGCCAAGGCGAUCAAUGACCUGGCCGGUAUUGACAUGCUCAACCUCGGACAAGCAGAACCAAAGUCAACCAAGGUGCCAAACCUCGCAAGUGCAGCCCACUUGUCGCCUGGAUGGGCACGCGGCUACAACAGGCUUCUGCUCAAGGCUGACGGUGUUCUUUUCGAGGAUGGGCAGCUUCAGGUUGGUGUGCGGUCUGAGUACCGGGGCCAGAUGGCGUGCUUAAUUCUUUACUUUUCGAACAAGACGCCGGCUCCCGUGAGUUCCUUCACCACGACACUGGAUCUCGACGAAAGCGAAAAGGCAAACUUGACCUGGGAUAUCAAGGGCCUGCCGGACAGCACUCUGGGGUCCGGAGCACAGACACAGCAAGUCAUCAUGUUUGAAGCCAAGAAGGUCUUUGAGAAGAGCCCAACCAUCAGGAUCAGCUACCUCGCCGGAGCCCUCCAGGCGAUCACUCUGAAGUUGCCAGUCACCAUUCACAAGUUCAUGGACCCCGCAGAGCUCUCGGCGGAGGAUUUCUUCAAGCGGUGGAAGCAGAUUGGCGGAGCUCCCAGGGAGGCGCAGCAGAUUUUCGGUCUGUCGGCGGGUAGGGACCCGGACCGGCAGAUCAACGAAGGUUUUGUCCGCAAAGUUCUGGAGGGAUUCCGCUGGGGUGUUCUGCACGGGGUUGAUCCCAAUGAGAAGAACUUUGUCGGGGCCAGCGUGGUCCACACUUCUGAGGGAGGCAAGUUUGGCUGCUUGCUGAGGCUGGAGCCGAAUUACGCGACUCAAAUGAUUCGACUCACGAUCAGAGCAACCGACGAGGCCGUCCCUCCAGUUCUACUCAAGCAGAUGGAGGAAAGGCUUGCUGCAGGCAUGUCCACGGCUCCGACUCAACAUGUUGCUCCGACCCCACGGGAGAUCUCGGAGACAUUUGGCAACAUCAUGGUCCCGGACGAGGCUGGGAGGUGA